CCACCCGGCCAAAACCGCGAACCCCAUAAGAAACCAAAACGUUCCACCGAAUUGAUUGCACUAUAAAUAGACAUUGCAGCAGACGACAGCAAUUAGUUGUUAAGUGAUAUUAACAAAAACACCAGCGAAAUGUUGCUUCUAGUUUUUGCUGUUAUAGCGGUGACUAGAGCGGUACAAGUCCACGAGUUGGCCGAAGACAAGACACCAUUCGAUUAUGUCAACGAAAGGCUGGACGCUAUAGGCAUGGACGCGAGAAGUGGACUCCCCCUGUCCAGCUCGUAUGAAGUAGAAGAAAGCGAGGAUUAUCCUGAUGAAAUUAAAGGAUCAGCUUCCUCUGUCCUAAACACAGUCGCCGGAGUUGGCGGAAUAGGACAAGGAAUUGGACUGGGUGGCUUUGGAAACAUUGGAGGAAUUGGCCUAGGACAGGGACUCGGUUUGGGCUAUGGAGGAGUCGGGGGUUUAGGAGGUGUGGGUGGCGUAGGUGGUGUAGGUGUGGGUGGGGUAGGAGGUGGUGUAGGUCAUGUAGGUGUUGGUGGAUUAGGGGUAGGAGGAUUAGGCGCCGGUGGGAUAGGAAUUGGUGGACUCGGUGGUAUUGGAGCGGGAGGUAUAGGUUUAGGCGGUGGCUUGACUCAGGGAAUAAACGGCCUUGGGGUUGGAGGAAUCGGUCUCGGCAAUGGACUACUUUACCAUCCAGUACUAGGAGCGCAAGUUGGAGGAGGGUAUGUCGAUAAAAAUGCUUACGAUGCAGCCCAGAAGAAAGGGGCAGAUGCUAACAUUGAGAAACUAGAAAAGAAGGCUGAAGAAGAAUCGAAACAUGGACAAGAGGGAUUUCAACAAGCGGCUGCAGCGGCAAAGGCGGAGAAAGGAGAGUCCAGCUUCUACAAGGAUGAAGAAGCGCAGAAGAAAGCCGCGGGAGAUGAAAAGUUCUACGAAGGUGGACAGAAGUUUGAUAAACAUGGUGCCAACGAGGAACAAGUAAAGAAAGGCAAAAGCCACAAAAAGGGCCACGUCCACAAAGGUUUCAAGUCUUCAAGCAGUAAGAAUGAAGAGGAGAAAUCUGAGAGCUACUAUGAUGAGGCUCAUGACGAAGCAGACCACAAGAUCGCGGGUCAAAACGUUGGAUCCUUCGGUGAAAACGCCCAGCAAGGCUUCAAGGGAGCACAUGAGGAGAAAAUACUGGACGCCAACGCGCAAGGGAAGGAAGGACACCACGUUGCUGAACAGAAGAUCGAUGACGCUAAGGCUAACAAGGGCGAAUACCUGCAAAAGGGCUACAAGGGUGGUGCCGAGCUGCUUGAGAAGUUCAACAAUCUCGGCGCUCAGGCGGUCCACGGCCACCAGGAGGCCAGCGGCGGGUACCAGCAGAACAAGGGGAUAUUGCCGAUACAUUGACGAGUUGAUUGAA